GGGUCCCCGAACAUGCUGCAGUGGCCAUACCGCUUUGGCAGCACAAGUUAUGAAUGAAGUUCAUUAACUAACACCCCCUUCCUCACCCUGAUCUCCGACAGACUUCCUGGAAGAAGGGGUCAGGGGAGAAGGGUUGACGGUCACCAUGAAGCUGAAGCAGCGCGUUGUGCUCUUGGCCAUCCUCCUGGUCAUCUUCAUUUUCACAAAAGUUUUCCUCAUCGACAACCUGGACACGUCGGCUGCCAACCGGGAGGACCAGCGCGCCUUUCACCGGAUGAUGGCGAGCCUCCGCGUGGAGCUGGACCCCCGACUUGACCACACGCUGCAGUCCCCCUGGGAGAUCGCAGCCCAGUGGGUGGUGCCCCGGGAGGUGUAUCCCGAGGAGACGCCCGAGCUGGGGGCCGUUAUGCACGCCAUGACAACGAAGAAAAUAAUAAAAGCUGAUGUGGGAUACAAAGGGACCCAACUGAAAGCUUUGCUAAUACUUGAAGGAGGACAGAAGGUCGUCUUCAAACCCAAGAGAUAUGCCAGGGAUUAUGUAGUGGAAGGAGAACCGUACGCCGGCUACGACAGACACAAUGCCGAAGUGGCAGCCUUUCACUUGGAUAGGUAUGGAAUUAGUGGGUUGCCUGGCUUUAUUGUCUCUGAUAAAUGCUGCUUCGGAGUUGGGGGGAAAAGGGAGUUCCUUGACGAAUACACCCCAGAUGGGAGCUAUUUCUGA